GCUCUUCCCUCUCCUCCUCCCUUCCUUGUUUGCAAUUCCUCCUUCCCUUCUCUUCUCCUCUGUGGGUAGGUGCCUCCCCGCUUCUGUUCUGUCACUCACCCGCUCUCUUUUUAACUCACUCUUCCCUUCCCCUAGAUUUUGUCGCCGAUCGCUUCCCCUCUUUUCCGCCCUGGGCCGCCGGACACCGUCUCCGGUAUUCCCCUCCACUCCCAAAUACCACUAUCUCUCUCCACAUUCCUGUAGAAAUUUAUUCAACCGGAGCAAGUAAGUCGCUCCUCUGUUUCUUCUACUCAUUGUUUCCCUCUCUGUCUUUGUGUUUGUCCGCGCGCGGGGGAAUAGAAGGGAGUAUUAGCUGGUUUAUGCAUGUGAAUCCGAUUGGUUGAAUUUCUCCAUGGGGCACAAGAAGCGCGCUGCCGCUCCUCGCUCCAAGCACCAGCCUGUGGCUGCGGCGCCGGCAGAUGAAGCUGAGGUCUGUCCUGAUCCCAACAACAAUCUGUCGAUUGUGAAGAUCGAGCCAGCAAUAGGCUCUCUCGAACUCGACGGGGCCGGUUCCGUCUCGGUCGCCGGCUCAAUCAAGCUGGAAUGCGAGCGAGCCCUAACGUCGCUGCGGCGGGGGAACCACACCAAGGCGCUGCGGCUCAUGAAGGAGUCGUGUUCCCGGCACGGGGACUACUCCCCGCACUCCGCCCUAAUCUACCGGGUCCAAGGGACGGUUUGUAUGAAGAUGGCUUCGAUAAUUGACGACCCUAACGCCAAACAGAGGCAUUUGAGGAACGCCAUCGAUUCUGCCCGCAAGGCUGUGGAGCUGUCUCCCAACUCGAUUGAGUUCUCCCACUUCUAUGCUAAUUUGCUCUACGAGGUCGCUAAUGACGGGAAGGAGUAUGAGGAGGUGAUGAGGGAGUGUGAUAGGGCUUUGGAGAUACUGAAUCCUGUUGAUCCUGCCAAGGAGAGUUUGCAGGAAGAGAGUCAGCUCAAGAUAACCACAGCUGAGGCCAGGAUUGCUCAUGUGCAGGGUGAGCUGAGGAGCUUGAAACAGAAAUCCAGUAUUGCUUCCAUUUCCACUUGGAUGAAGAAUUUAGGGACAGGGGAGGAGAUUAGGCUGAUUCCUAUCCGACGUGCCAUGGAAGACCCCAUGGAAGUUAGGUUGGUGCAGACGAGACGGCCUAAUGAAAUUAAAAAAGCUACCAAGACUCCAGAGGAGCGAAGGAAAGAGAUUGAAGUUAGAGUUGCCGCUGCUAGACUCUUGCAGCAGAAAUCGGACACAUUGGGACAUAAUAACGGGGAGAGGAGUAACGAUAAGGCAGUAGAGUUAUCCUCUGGAAGUGAAAAGAGAGGAGAAAGGAGAAAGUAUGGGAUCAAUGCAAGAAGGAAUGGUACUAACACGGAAAGGAAGGACUCGGUACAUUCAUAUUGGAACUCAAUGAAGACAGACAUGAAGAAGAAUUUGUUGAAAGUUAAAAUAGGUGAUUUGCAGGGUUAUUUUGGUUCGUCAAAGGAUGGGUUAGCGAGUGAGGUCCUGAAUGAGGCACUAACGUUUGCAGAGGGGAGAACUGGAUGGAGGUUUUGGCUUUGUUGCAGGUGCAUUGACAAGUUCUCUACAGCAGAGAAACUUAUACAUCACGUUGUACAAGAGCACACGGGUAAUCUUGUGCCCAAGAUGCAGGCUGUCUUGCCUCAAAUUGUUGAAAAUGAGUGGAGUGAGAUGAUUAUCAAUUGUUCUUGGAAACCGUUGGACAUCACUUCUGCAGCUAGUAUGCUUGGAGAUCAAGGUAAAUGCCAGGAGGCAGAGCUUGUUCAGGACCUUUUCCUUGGAAACCAUGAUGGUGAGUGUGAUGAUUGCUUCAAGGAUGCAUGGGAUUCUUCUCCAGAGAAGGAAAUUUUGAGGGAUGGAUGUAGUGACAACAGCAGUGGAGGAAAGGAUACAGAUAGAAGUGCAGGUGCUGAGUGUAGAGAAUGUGAUGACAACCAAGGAUCUUUGGCAUAUCCUAUUGACAACUGGGCAUUAUCCGAGGACUCUGAGAGGGUGAAACUUCUUGAGAAAAUCCAUGCUGUAUUUGAAUCUCUUAUUAGUCACAAGUAUCUUGCCAUGAGCCAUCUUACCAAGGUGAUGCAACUUACGAUGGACGAGUUGCAAACCCUUCCUUCUGGUUCUCAACUUCUGAACCAUGGUUUAGACCGAACACCUAUGUUGAUUUGCUUUCUUGGAGCAUCCCAAUUGAGAAAGAUCCUGAAGUUCUUGCAGGAUCUGUCUCAUGCUUGUGGUCUGGGCAGAUAUUCGGAUUUAGGUAGCGCGAUGGAUGAUACAAAUGGCGAGGUUCACACAUAUGAGUCUAAAGAGGAUCUUGUUCUUAGUGUCGAUGGAACAUUUCUCUACUUGGACGAGAGUCUAUUGCCUUCUGAAUGUGCGCAGGAGAAUGGUACCACGAGCUCUGGUAAUCCUGAAAACUUGGUUCCACCUGAUACCGAUUCAUUAUUGACAUGGAUAUUUUUAGGUCCCUCUAGUAGUGAUCAACUGCAGUUAUGGAUACGAAGAAAGGAAGAAAAAAUACAACAAGGAAUGGACAUUGUUCAGACUCUUGAAAAGGAGUUUUACCAUUUGCAAAGCCUUUGUGAGAGGAAAUGUGAGCAUUUAAGCUAUGAGGAGGCAUUGCAAGGUCUCGAAGAUUUCCUUCUUGAAGAAGCUAAGAAGAGAGAGGAUAUGGCUCCGUCUGAAUUAGAAAGCUUCGAUUCGAUUCUUAGGAGGAGGAGAGAUGAUGCCGUUAAUAGUGCGAAUGAUGGACUGUUAAGUGACAGAAAGUACGAGUUAGAUAUUAUAUCAAGUGUGCUAAAAGAGGCAGAAACUUUGACAGUUAAUCAAUUUGGAUAUGAAGAUAAUUAUGGUAUGGCUUCUCAAUCAUGUGAUCUUGAAUCUGGUGAAAAUAGUGAUGGCAGAAGCAGAGACUAUAUCCAUCAAGUGGAUUCUUGCGUUGAAGUUGCUAUCCAGGGACAGAAAGAGCAGUUAUCUGUUGAGCUAAGCAAAAUAGACGCCCGUAUCAUGAGAAUUGUGACAGGGAUGCAGCAUUUAGAACGCAAACUUGAGCCUGUUUCUGCAUGUGACUAUCUGUCAAUACUAUUGCCUCUUGUGAAAUCUUAUUUGAGGGCUCAUUUAGAGGAUCUCGCGGAGAAAGAUGCCACAGAAAAGUCUGAUGCUGCCAGAGAAGCAUUUUUAGCGGAGCUUGCUCUAGAUUCUAAAAAAGCUGCCCGAGGAGGUAGUGAUACUUCAAGAAACCCACAUGAGAAGAAGGACAGGAAAAAGAGCAAAGAGUUGAAAAAGACAAAGGACUCUAAGACUUCUUUUGGCAAUGAGCUGCCGUUGCUUCAUGAUGAAACCAUUGAGCUGGACACUUUUCUACUCUCGCCAGACGAUGAUCCAGGUUCUGAGAUUCUUCCUUCUGCAAAUGGUGUGGACCUGAGACAGCAGGAGGAAGAAUUUCGUCGCAAAAUUGAGCUAGAGGAGGAGGAAAGAAAGCUGGAAGAGACUCUAGAGUUCCAACGGCGAAUUGAGAAUGAAGCAAAACUGAAGCACUUGGCUGGGCAGCAACAUAAGCGAGCUUCUAAGACAUUUCUAGAUAACCAUACUGAGACCCAGUUUGAUGUCUCCAAUGAGAAAGAAGCUAUUAAUGGCCAGAAUUCCUCGUUUCAGGAGCAGUUAGGAGAGGCAAAUGGCUUAUCUAGCAACAACGAAGUUGAACAAUUGACUGCUGGAAAUGCUUCCGGCUUGCUGAUUAAAUCUUCUCCAAUAUCUGCUUCUGAAGUUCUUAGUCAUGGGCGUAGUGGUCUCCCUAAUGGAGCUGCUACAGAAAAUGGUGUUCUAGGUUCUGAACGAAGGACGGGGAGGAGAGCUAGGCGACAGAAAACCUCUUCCAGAUCUGUUGAUAGCAAUUCUCAGCUUACAUCAGCUGAGAAAGAAAAUACACUUGUUGUGAGUGUUAAUCUGAAUUAUGGAGAUACGGGAACCAAGACAUUGAGACAGUUACAUGUGGAGGAAGAUUACGAGGAAAGAUUCCAGGAAGACCUUAGACAGGCUGUACAAAAAAGUCUGGAUGACAUACAAGUUCACCAGAACACGUCUUCCAUUCCAAACUUGAGAACGCCACCAAAGACAACUUUGGAGACGAGACCUUCAGAUGCCUUGCAAAAUGAGGUUGCAGUUGGAAAUGAGAAUGGAAUUGAUGUGUUUGGGACUGGCCUUCAGAAUGAUGUUGGUGAAUACAACUGCUUUCUGAAUGUAAUUAUACAGUCCUUAUGGCAUUUAAGGCGGUUUCGAUGUGAAUUCAUGAGGAGGUCGAUAUCAGAGCAUUUUCAUGUGGGAGACCCAUGUGUUGUUUGUGCAUUGUACGAUAUUUUUUCUGCUCUAAGCCAUGCAUCUAUAGAUGUCCGAAGAGAAGCUGUUGCUCCUACAUCCUUGAGGCUGGCUUUGAGCAACCUUUAUCCAGAUAGUCAUUUCUUCCAGGAGGCUCAGAUGAAUGACGCAUCUGAAGUGCUUGCUGUAAUAUUUGAUUGCCUUCAUCAAGCUUUUACAUCGGGAUCAAGCGUCUCUGAUUCCGAUUCAGUAGAAAGUAAUUCCAUGGGAUCUUGGGAUUGCACAAACAACAACUGCCUUGUCCACUCUAUAUUUGGCAUGGACGUAUUUGAAAGAAUGAAUUGCUACAGUUGUGGCUUGGAGUCUAGGCAUCUGAAGUAUACAUCUUUCUUUCAUAACAUAAAUGCCAGCUCUCUUAGAACAACCAAAGUGAUGUGUUCCGAAAGCUCCUUCGAUGAGGUCUUAAAUGUUGUAGAGAUGAAUCAUCAAUUAGCUUGUGAUCACGAGGCUGGUGGUUGUGGGAAACCCAACUACAUUCAUCAUAUUUUAUCAACUCCACCACAUGUCUUUACGGCAGUGUUGGGAUGGCAAAAUACAUGUGAAAGUGCUGAAGACAUAGCAGCCACUUUGGUGACUUUAAGUACAGAGAUUGAUAUUAGUGUCCUCUACCGCGGUUUGGAUCCAAAGAAUGUGCAUACCUUGGUUUCAGUGGUCUGCUAUUAUGGACAACAUUAUCAUUGCUUUGCAUACAGUCAUGAUUAUGAAAGGUGGAUUAUGUAUGACGAUAAAACUGUCAAGGUAAUCGGUGACUGGGCAGAUGUGCUUAGCAUGUGCGAGAGAGGGCAUUUACAACCUCAGGUUCUCUUCUAUGAAGCUGUGAACUAGUAAAAGCUAAGCAUGUUUUUACAGGUGGUGGAAAUUGUUAGUUUUUGCCUGCACCUCGAAACAUCGAAGCUUAAUCCUACUGUGAUUAUAUCUCGGUGAGGCAACUGUUAAUAGCUGAUACACCACCAUGACUUUUUAACUCAAGUACAGUGCGCACACGGACAGUAAUCGAUCCCUCCCCAGAGAAAAGGUUUCUAGUGGGAAGCAAAGUUUUGACUGAAUCAAACGGGGGAGGAGAAGGUGUGAUAUAAAACAAUCUCGAGAUUUUGUAUACAUAGCGAAGAGGUUAUUAGUGUUGGAAGAAGAGCGCGACUCGAAGGGAGAAGGAGAAUCAGUGUGUAUUGGAUUGGAGGUGAGAUAUUCUUUUUUGACCUUUCUUUAGACUAGAAAUGGAAAAGCAGUUCAUAGUAGAGAAGCUGAGGGAGGAAUGUAGUUCUUGUCGGUAUAGACUGUAGAAGGAAGGAGCAAUGGGGGGUCAUAUAUAUAUAUAUAUUUUGUGUCAGGGAAUCCAUUCGGAAUAAAGUGAAACAGUAAAUUAUUCCUAGCGGGUUGCCUGGCGGUGAAAUGAAAGAGGAAUGAGUCGUCUGCUGCCUGGAGGACCUUUGCAUAUAUAUAAAUUUCAAGUCCGGGGGGAAAUUUUCCAAGUGGUAUUGGUUAAGAGUUACGAUGUUGAUGAUCACGAUGAUUUACACAGACGUUAUGUAUCUUGAGAAAUUAUCAAUCAAUUUUUGGCCAGCCUUGUCUCCCUUGUGUUGGUUGUUUUUCCUGAUUUGUUGCUUUACCACACAAGUGAAAAAGGUUUUACAAGGGAGUUGAGCAGUUGCAUAAUCUUUCUUAUUAGAUGUGUGGGUAGCUCGAAUCUCCAAAUGUUCUGUAGUCAGCCAGCCAUUUGAUGCCCUGGUGAUGCUUGAGCAAGAAAGGAUAAGUUGGCUGUGUUGCGAUAUUAUUUAUUGAUGGGAUGAGGUAAUUUGAUGAG